AUGAGACUCCUCGGCACCUUCAAGGCAUUGGGCGUGGCCCUGCUCGCCACCACGGCUUCUGCUGUGUCGAUUGCGCCCCGGCAAGAAGCAGCCGCCCUCGACCUCACCAGUCUCGCCAUCCUGACCAAGGCUGCCGACACCCAGGUCCAGACCACCAUCAACAACAAGCAGAACCUGCUCAAGGGUCAGCCGCGUGCCAUUGCCCGCGCUGUCCGUCAGCUCGUGACGCCCUUCGUCUGGCCCAAUUCGACCUACUACCACGAUGAGAGCCUGCUGCCGCACAUUGAGGAGAUGAUGGCUGCCCUGACCAAGCGCCAACACUGCGAUGGUACCUACAGCGUCGGCAACCGCCACUCCCCGCCCGACACGGGCUUCCUGAUCGAGGACUUUGGCAUCAUGGUUCGCAUCCUCGAGAAGGACGACCAUGAUAACUCGCAAGCCAUCGCUGAUGAGAUCCGAGCCAUCCUCGUCAAGGCGGGGCCCGGCCUUGCCAAGGGCGGUAUUCACACCCCCAACCACCGGUGGAAGAUCUGCGCCGCCCUGGCCCGCAUCUCCACCAUUACCGGUGACGAGAGCCUGAUCAAGCGCAUCGACGAGUGGCUCGCCGAGGGCAUCGACAUUGAUGCGGACGGCAUCUACUCGGAGCGCAGCCCCAACUACUAUUCGGCCGUCUCCAACCCCUCACUCCUGACCGUGGCCCGCGAGCUCAACUACACCGACCUCAUCCCCUUCGUCCGCAAGAACCUCGAACUCUCCAUUGAGCAUGCUGAGCCCAAUGGCGAGAUCGAGACCAUCCAGAGCCGCCGUCAGGACCAGACACAGCCGGUGGGUGACAAUAUGCAGAACUUCUACACGCAGUUCCGCGAGCUGGCCAUCCUCGACAAGAACGGCCGUUUCGCCGCCAUGGCGCGCCUCAUCGAGGAGCGCCUCGGCGCCAGGCUCGGUGACUUCCUCAGCGACCUCAUCGAGCGCCCCGAGCUGGCCGUCAAGCUGCCCGAGCCCGAGAGCCCCUUUGUCGACUUCGAGAAGCACUACGCCACCGCCGGCCUCGUCCGUGCACGCCGCGGCAAGCUGACCGUCGCGGCCUUUGGCGGCUCGGACUGGUACGCCGACGGCAAGCAGACUGAGUUCUACAACCGCUUCGGCUCCGGUCUCUCGACGAACCCCACGCUGUUUCGCGCCUGGAACGGCAAUCUCGCGCUCGAGGGCCUGCGUUUCGUGCCCAACUUCUUCACCAUGGGCCACUUCCGGUCCAACGGUAUCAAGUACGACAGCGACGGCACCAUCAGGCUCGGCAGCGAGAUGGAGGUCCCCUACUACUUGCCCAUGCCCGCCGACCAGCGCGACGAGAACGGUGUGUACGCGCUCGGCCGGUCCGUCGCCGAUGGCCGGUUCUACGCCAUGCUCGACUUUGCCAACCGCCCCACCAGCAUGCGCCGCCUCAAGACGGACGUGACCAUUUCGCCCACCAAGGCCGGCUACGAUAUUGCGUUUGAGGUGACGGGCGAGCAGGACGUCGAGCUGACGUUUGAGCUCACGUUCCGCGGCAACGGCACCUUCAAGGGCGUCAAGGAGCUGACCAACGUCGACGGCGUCAAGACGACGCACCUCGUCGAGGGCACGGGCGAGUACAGCGUCGGCAACGACAAGAUCACCUUUGGUCCGGGCAUCGGCGAGGGCCUGAUUGUGGCCGACGGCGGCGAGCAGUACAGCUGGCACGCGGGCGCCCUCGUGCUCAAGGGGCAAAAGGUGUACAUUACCGGCACGUCGCCGCUGAAGUACACCCUUAACCUGGGCUUCUCUUAG